AUAGAUGAAUUGUGAUGAACCAGUAUCUCUUAUCACGAUUAUUUUUCUCUCUUGAUUGGAAGUUUUUUUUUUUUUCUUUACUCAAGCUCAUCCUUCUACAGCUUGCAAGUUCCUCUUUCGUCAAAAUAAUCCAGUCUAAUUUUUUCAUCAAAUACCCGAGAGUUUGAGGACUUAGCUAUUCUGAACAUUAUUGUGUCAGGUUGUAUUCCUGAGAAUCCCAAAGACAGCGAUGACUGGCGAGAGCGAAGACAAGGAAUUGGUGGGUGAGGGCGCCUUUGGCUUGGUGCACCGGACUGUAUACGAAGAUCAGGACGCCGUGGUGAAGGUGCCCCGUCUUGGUGACUUCUUCGCAUCACAUUUCCGGCACGAGGCGCAGGUUCUGCGGCAUCUUGAUGGGGCAGGCAGGGCGCCGUGCCUGCUCCACCUGGGGCCGCCAGAGGACCCCAGGAUCUUCAUGACCAACGCUGGCUCCACGACCCUGCAGGACCUGCUGGACGAGGCGGCACUGGACGAGCAGGGCGUGGUGCAGGUGGUGCUGAGUGUUGCCCUGAGGGUACAAGAGGUGCACGCCAAGGGUGUGGUGCACAACGACCUUAAGGCAGACAAUGUGAUGGUGAGCGCCGCCCGCGACUAGAGCGGCCUGCACGAGGUCAGCCUCAUUGACUUCGGCCUCAGCACGUUCAUGGGGGAGGUGGAGCGGCCAGAGUUUGAUCUACAUGAAUCGUACGGUAAUUGUUCAGUGAUGUUCGAGGAAGGUGAUCCAGCCAACGACGUGCUGGACCUCGGCAGUAUGCUGAAGGAGGCACUGGACGAAGUGUGCUGCCUGGGGAGCGAAGAGGCACUUGGCGGCGCCCUUGGCACUCUGAUAGAAGCCAUGACGUGCGAGUGUCCCUCAGACCGGCCAGGCAUCGGGGAAGUCAUUCUUUCCUUGCAGGUCCUCGUGGGACACGGCACGCCUUGAUGCUGCCGUGUGCAACGAAAAAGAGAAAAAAUUCAUUUACCGUGUCAAAAACCUCCUGUCCUUUAAGAUCAACGUAAAUGUAAUGUAAAAGAAAUAUGAGAGUGAAUAACACGUAAAGAUAACGAAAAACAAAUCUAAAGUACGAAAAUGAAAGUAAAUAAAAAAAAAGCGUUAAGUUAUAUAUCUACAGGAAACGGGGGAAACAUAUAGAGAUGAGUAAUAGAUAGUUACUGGAAUAAAUCAAAGACGCAGAGAUGAACUUUGUGAAAUGCAAUGUCGCUUCUCCAACUACUUCCGACAUUCACAAAGUCCGUGUGGGUGUUCACUACGGAUUGGAUGGAAGUUUGGAAAUUGCUUAUUUAUCUGCACGGGAAUAGCAUUUU